AGCCUCAGCCAGCCGUCGACAACAAAACCCCACACUGUUCGACGGGAGGGGGGUCCGUUCCAUUGGUUCGUGCGUAUGUACAUCAACGCGCUCUAAAUUCGGCACCUCCCAUUGGUCGACAGUGACGACAAUCCCGAGCCCGCGCCCACCUAGCGGAUCAAGUUUGAAUGGACUGCAACAGCCUCGCUCUGGAGGUGCCAGGAGCAUUUGCGCUAAUUAUUUCAAAAGUGUGAUUCAAAGGGCGCGCUGAACCAGGAUGGAGAUGAAGAAGAGAAUUCACCUCGAACUGCGGAACCGUACUCCGUCAGAAGUCAAAGCGCUUGUUCUUGACAACUGUCGCUCCAAUGAUGGUAAGCUCGAGGGUCUAACAGACGAAUUUGAGGAGCUGGUAUUCCUGAGCACAAUAAUGGUUGGACUGACCACAGUCGCCAACUUGCCGAAGCUAAAAAAACUCAAGAAGCUUGAACUCAGCGAUAACAAGAUCUCAGGAGGCUUGGAAGUGUUGGCAGAGAAAUGCCCCAACCUCACACAUCUCAACCUAGGCGGCAACAGGAUUAAAGACCUCAGCACCAUUGAACCACUGAAAGAACUGGGGACGCUGAGAAGCCUUGAGCUGUACACAUGUGAAGUGACAAAUCUGAGCGAGUACAGAGACAGCGUUUUCAAGCUACUACCACAGCUCACCUAUCUGGACGGCUACGACAAAGAUGACAAAGAGGCACCAUGUUCGGAUACCAAGCUUUACGCAGAAGGCUGGGAAUGCGGCGAUAAAGAUGAGCAUGUUCACAGAUCCAUUUUGCUGAAAGGCCAUGGGUUUUACCCAGCUAUAGAUGGAGAGGAUUAUGGUGACGAGGCACCAUCAGGAGACGAGGAGGAUGAGGGAGAUGACGAUGAAGAGGAGAAUGUUGAUUGGGGCCUUAGUGGAGAAAAUGAAGAUGAGGAGGACCUGAAUGACAAAGAAGUAGAUGCCGAUGAGGAGGUGGAGGAGGAUGAGGAGGAGGAGGAGGAGGAGGAGGAGGAUGAGCAAGAGCGGGGUCAGAAGAGAAAACGAGAACUGAAUGAAGAAGGAGAAGACGAUGACGACGACGAUGAUGAUUGAGGGUCAUUUCGAGGCUAAAUGUGAACUGUUUGAACUCCUGUAUCCCAGUCUCUUUCCCAAUAACCAAGUGUUUUUCCCUGCCAUAGGAGAGCUUUGGUUCUUUGCCCUUUUGUCACAGGCUCUGCAGCUUUGUGCAUCUUUGAAGCUCUUAACAGUCUACUUUUAACUACUUUGCAGACACACAUUUUGUGAGCUCGGCAACAAUAAACCUUUCAAGAGAAAUGUGGGGUGUUUUCUCACUCUUUGUAUGAGACCAGUUUGUGAAUAGAUAUGUAUUUUAAGUCCCUCACUUUAAAAAGAAAAUAAAGAAACAAAAAGUGCAUGUCUAAAUCCGGUAGAAGUCCAGAUAUGUGAGCUGGAGUCCAGUAAUUGCUGAAGAAUUUCUUCGUCCUCUUUCUGCAUUAUACUUUAUUUCCUAGAAAUAAAUGAUGUGUACUAUGCUAUCCUGAUGUGAAACGUGCGCUGAGAGUGACCCUCUGGGGCAUUUAAGCUAUAGCCCAAGUUGACCUUUGUGAAAGCCGCUCCUCCAUGUCAAAUCCUAAGCUUUGAUAGUUCUGAUAUUGCGUGUUCUUGUAAAUAUUGACCAAAUAUAUUUUUUUGUAUUCUCUUUGAUGGCAGCAGACAUUGAGUAUAUAACUGAUGUGAAACUAUACAUUGUAAUAAGAUAUAAAUGAUGGAUUCUACUUUACCCGGAAUGGGCAGUGUGAAACUUCUUGGAUUUGGACAGAACAUUUUCAGCAUAAUCUCUCCAUAAAGAUUAUUAUUUCCGAAUCUGAAUUCUUUCCGUGUCUGUCCAUGUUCUUUUGUGACAAACUAUUGGCACUAUAUGAAAAUGUGCUGGCAGUACAGAGAAGUUCUGGUUGGUCCAUGAAUGUUAAAAAUUGUAUGUGUGCAGCAAACUGUUAACUGUAGUUACAGUAUUUGAAUUUUCACAAUAAUACAACAUGGUCAAAUUGGCCUUCAUCAAUCCUUAUUCAAAUAUUUUUUUUCCUCUUUGAAUUUACAACAAUAAAACCGGUUUAUAUAUA